AUGCCGUUGCAUGUGGUUUCGGUACUGGCACUGCUGAGUAUUGCCGCAGGGUACACCAAGAGACCCAGCUUUAAAAAACCUUUCCCUGACCCUUCGCUCUUCCACAAGAGCGGGCGUCGCUUGGCAGCUGAAGGUCAGAAACCAGAAAGGCUGCAUUUUGAGGUGGAAGAUGGUGGAUACCACUUUGACUAUGACUUUGGAGGUAUCCCUACAAUAGAGAGGGUCUUCAACUUAGAUUCUCAGGGCGUGGAGGGCAUCUCAUGCACGCGAGGGCAUGCCUAUCAUAACCUCACGAUCUUUUGGAGCAAUUUGGCUGUGGCGAAUGCAGCGAACCUCCAGAAGGAUGUAGUGAUCACUGGCUCUCCGGAGUGGGGCUGCAGCUUAUCGAACGCAUCGCGAAAAAGCUCUCACAGCUCUGACUUAGUGCUGCACAUCCUCAAGGUGGACUCGUCUGCGCUUGGCAUGCUUCGCACGGAGCUCCAUGUGCUUCCAGUGAGCCCCGUGCAGCUUUUCCGGAAUUUGUACAUUGACCUUUCCUGGUAUCCAUUGCAAGGGGAGGGGCGCCAUCUACAAGAAUCUUGCGGAGAUUAUACCUAUGGCCUCAACUAUGACUGUCAGACCCAGAAGGCCAAGGAUGUUUAUUCAAUCGGACCAUUGGCGUGUUCCAAUUGCUAUGCAGCUUUGAAAGCGACGCCGGGUUUCCAGGUAGAAACCGACAACCUCGGGGUACCCACCAAGAUCGCUUUGGACCUGUCCCCACCUUUGAAGUGA